AUGGCUAGUGAGGAGAGUUUUGUAGUGUUGGUUCACCACAUAGGAUCGAUUAAGAGGAAAACUCGUUCUGGUGUGAAGUUCACUGAUAAGGAUCCUCUCUGUAUUAUCAUGAGGCCUACGACGAGCUAUGAUGACCUUGUUAGCUCUGUAUUGCGGAAAGUUGGUCUGGAAGAUGUGAAACGGGUUAAGAAAUUUUUCUUUCACAUUCCAAUCACGGUGCUCCAGAAAACCGUGAACUCGGGGGGUUCGAACUGGAAUACCACCACUUUAGCCGCGGUAGCCGGUUCUAGCUCCAGACCUGCCGUUGCUUCUUCUUCCGUCCCUGUGUAUGAGCCACCCGUCCAGACUGUCGCCUCCCCUUUGUUCGCUGUUGAUCUCAACGGCAGUGUAGGCGACGAGGUCAGAACAGGGGAGUUUCUGCCGACCUCUUUACAGUGUGCUGCACCGGCUGGGGUUGGAGAUGGAUUGUAUGGUGAUCCAGAGGACGAUGAUGUCGAGCCGGAUAUGAUUGCUGAUGACAGUGGCGAUGAUAUUGGAGCAAGUGAGCCUGCUGGGGCGGGAGGUGGUUCUAGCUCUGGCACACAGCAGUAUCCUCCACAUUUUUCCUCUUUGGACUUGGAUGCCAUGAGGCAGGAGGGGGUUCCUGGGCAGCCUGCUGGAUUUGGCGCUAGAGAUGAUGAAGGGUCUGCAGGUCUGACAGAGUUCCAGGUUGGUCAGCAAUUUCAGGAUAAAGAUGAGGCCCUGUUAAGUGUGAAGACUUACAGCAUCCGUCGAGGGGUACAGUACAGGGUAGUGGAGUCUGACUUUUGCCGGGCUGAUGCAUCCGUCAGCAUCAAGGUGCUCCUAAAUGUCACGGCCGCACAUUUUGGGUUUAGGCUGACGUAUAGGAGGGUCUGGUUGGCGAAGCAGAAGGCUGUUGCCCUGAUCUAUGGUGACUGGAUGAGUCGUACAACGAGCUCCCUAGGUGGGUGUUAG